AUGUUGUCCUCAAUCUUUCUCUGGCUUCUCCCCCUUGCCUCCGCUGUCCCUUGGGGAGGACCACCGGGUCAGGGCAGCUCAUCCCCCAGCUUUGACAACGUGACAGUCUUCAGUCCACCUGCAGACUGGCCCCGUCGCAGUACCAGCUAUGCUCGUGUCGUGCUCUUGAAUCAGAAUUGCGAGACCGACAAUGUGCUGCUCACCACGUUUACCCUGUCUCCGCCAGGAGCACCAUACUAUCCAAUCUUUGCAUCGCAUGAUCUCGGCUACUCAUGGGAGAAGAUCUCCCAGAUUGAUUUCGGUCCUGAGACCGGUAAAGAUUACAGCGGCGGCCGGUUCGCUCAACCGACUCUGCUGGAAUUACCAGUCGACAUAGGCGAAUAUCCGGCAGGCACAGUGCUGUUCUCGGGUAUGGCGACACCUACUGAUCGAUCAUCAACAGACAUCUAUGUUUAUGCAUCUCUCGAUAAAGGAUACACCUGGGAAUUUGUUUCCCACGUCACAUCUGGAGGACCCGCCAACACCACGAAUGGCGCCACGCCAAUCUGGGAACCAUUCUUGCUCAUGUCGCCCGUCUCUCACGAACCUCCGUGGGUGAUGAAUGCAUACUCCGACUCCCGGGACCCGGCACACGGCCAAAAGCUCGCCCAUCAAAGUUCGCCAGAUCUGAUGAACUGGGGUGGCAUAAUCGAUGACGCGGCCGAGGCGAACUACACCCUCCGUCCCGGCAUGACAACCAUGGCCAGAAUGGGAAACGGGCAGUAUAUUUUCACGUACGAGCUCGGCUUGUCGACCGACGGCCUCCCUGAUGUGAACCCCUACGCAACACACUACCGUAUUUCGACCGACCCGGAGACAUUUGACAGCGCCGAUGAGCUUCUACUGAAAUCCUCCGACGGGCUCAUCUCCAGCUCCGGGCCCUAUGUCGUUUGGACACCCAUUGGCCCUACUGGCAAGGGCACCGUGGUCGUCAGCGACAGCCACUUCGCCCAGGUGUUCUUCAACACCGAGUAUGGCGACCCCAACGCCUGGUUCACCAUCCCGACCACCCAUGGCGUUGGCUAUACGCGCAGUCUGACCGUCUUGCCCGAUGAGAGUAAGAUCCUGCUGGUUAACGGCGGAAUGUACAAUCAAAGCGACACCUCUGUGACCGCCGGCAUCAUCGAUGUGCCCGGAACAUACGCGCCAGGGUUUGGUUACGGCAAGGACUCCAUCAGUAGUUGUGAUGGCAAGGGAUUCUGGAAUAAUUGGGGCUCAAAGUUGUAA